AUGACAUCCCCACAUCCAGAUUUUAUCCCAUAUCAAAACGUUUUGAAAGUCAAAGGAAAAGAGCCAGUUGUGUUCGAGCUCGAAGGAAGAACUGAAGGUGUUGAAGUCAAAAUCCCUGGUGGAGCAAAAUACCACACCACAUUAAAAUUCAAGGUCAAAAACAGAAAGUUGGAAAAUUUGCGUUACAAACAAGUUGUCAAGAAAGGUGGGGUUCCAAUUAAGACCAAGGAAGUGGACUUGGGUACUCGUGAACCAUCUGAAACUGAAAUUUAUGAAGCAGAUUCCCCAGAGGAUGAAACCCCAAGUGGAUGGUUGACCAGAGGUACUUACUACGCAACUACAACUUACUACGAAGGAGACAAUGAGUUGUUCUCCACUCAAUGGACUUUAGAAAUUACUAAAUAG